AUAUAUACUGCUCCAUCUCGUCGCUCGUCUCUCGCGUUAACCCCUCGUGGCCUCAGCUCGUCGAUCGAUCGAUCUCUUAGUCCGAUCUACUUGCGCGCGGCUAGCUGCUGCUGCUGCUGCGUGUUGGGGGUGGUGGUGCGAGGAGUGAUUGGUUGGUUGAUAGAUUGAUCGAUCGAGCGAUGGCCGUGGCGGUGGAGGAGAUCGUCAGGAGGGCCGGCGGGUGCGCCGUGAUCGACGGCGGAUUCGCCACGCAGCUGGAGGCGCUCGGCGCCGACAUCAACGACCCGCUCUGGAGCGCCGCCUGCCUCAUCACCAAGCCGCACCUCAUCAAGGAGGUUCACAUGCAAUAUCUUGAAGCAGGUGCCGAUGUCAUCAUUUCCUCAUCAUACCAGGCAACUAUCCCAGGAUUCUUAGCCAGAGGAAUGCUUCUUGAGGAGGCAGAAGGGUUACUGCGAAGGAGCAUUGAAUUGGCACUGGAAGCACGAGAUGAAUUCUGGAAGUCGACGCUGAGGAAGUCCAAGCCUGUUUACAACCGUGCUCUGGUCGCCGCAUCCAUUGGGAGCUAUGGAGCUUACCUUGCCGAUGGCUCAGAGUACAGUGGAUCGUAUGGAGAAGACAUCACGGCAGAGAAACUGAAGGACUUCCACAGGCGCCGGCUGCAGGUUCUUGCGAGCGCUGGCCCUGACUUGAUCGCGUUUGAGGCCAUCCCGAACAAAAUGGAGGCACAGGCUUUAGUUGAGCUUCUGGAGGAAGAGAACAUCCAGGUCCCCUCCUGGAUCUGCUUCAGCUCAGUGGACGGCAAGAACCUGUGCUCAGGAGAGAGCUUUGCAGAGUGCCUCCAAUUCCUCAACGCCAGCGACAAGGUGACCAUCGUGGGUGUCAACUGCACGCCGCCUCAGUUCAUCGAGGGCAUCAUACGCGAGCUCAAGAAGCAAACCAAGAAGGCGAUCGCGGUGUACCCGAACAGCGGCGAGAUUUGGGACGGCAGAGCGAAGAGAUGGCUGCCGGCACAGUGCUUUGGGCACAAGAGCUUCGACGCGCUCGCGAAGAGGUGGCAGGAGGCCGGCGCGAGCUUAGUCGGCGGAUGCUGCCGGACGACGCCGUCGACGAUCCGGGCCGUCUCCAAGGUCCUCAAGGGCAAGACGUCCUAUUCAGCAACUCAGAUUUGAGACCGACUACUUGGUAGUGCAACUUUUAAUUAAUAGCGAGAAUUAUACCGAUUCAGUAUUAGUUUAUGCUAAAUUUUGCAGCGGAAAUUACCGUCUAACGAUUUGUAAUGCUGAUGUGCAACCAUCGAAUUUUAUACGAGCAUUAGCAUGGAGAGUGUUGCAGAGGCCUGGGGAUGUGAUUUAUCUUCUUUAUCCUUGUAAUAUAAGGAAAGUAGCAGCCAUGUAUCGAAUUUAUGAGUUAUCUAUAUAUCCAAAUUGCACUGAUAAUGCAAAAGAACAAGUUGCGUGUCCUA